AUGUGUCCGACGGACUUCCAAACGCAUUAUUAUUCCCCGAUUUGCACUGAUAUGCAAUACAAUAACAGUGUUUCGGUCGAGUCAUACAUAUUUACACAAAACAAUAUUUCAUUGGUAACCAACUUCACGAACAGCACCGACAAUAUGACAAUGUUUGAGGACAUAGUGUUGGGGUCGGAGCUGAUAUGCCGUCGCGAGAGUAGUCUACUGUUCCUACUGUUAAUGUUGGGCACCGUAUGGAUGGCCGUCUCUCUAUUCAAUUUCAAUAAGACGUCAGCGAGCAAAAGGGAGCUAUUAGCUGACUAUGCGCUUCCCUGUGCUGUCCUACUGCUCAGCUUUAUUGGAUCCUUUGUCUUCAGGGAUAUACCAGUGGAGCACUUUCGGUAUAGCAAUACAUUUGAGUUCAGAAGAGCCCGUCUGGAGUACCUUCCGUGGACGGCAUACAUCGGUUGUAUGGGACUGGGAUUCUCUCUCUCAUUAUUAUUUUUUAUGGACCAAAACAUUUCGGCGGCUAUGGUUAACAACCCGUGCAACAAACUAAAGAAAGGGUGUGCCUAUCACUUGGAUCUGUUCGUUGUGGGCAUUUUGAACGGCUUCCUAUCGAUGUAUGGCCUGCCGUGGAUGCACGGAGUACUGCCCCACUCGCCCCUACACGUCCGCAGUCUGGCCGAUGUGGAGGAACGGGUAGAUCAGGGACACGUAUAUGAGAUUAUUGUCAAAGUCAGGGAAACACGGCUGACAGGCAUUGUGUCUCAUAUACUAAUAGGACUGUCGGUUUUCCUGCUUCCCUACCCAUUGGCAUACAUUCCGACGGCAGUACUGAACGGCCUAUUCCUAUAUAUGGCAAUAACUUCACUAAAUAGUAAUCAAAUGUUUGAAAGGAUAACAUUACUAUUUAUGGAACAAGCCGCAUACCCGCCUAAUCACUACAUCAGACGGUGUCCUCAACGCAAGAUCCAUAUGUUCACUCUCUGCCAAAUGGUUCAGUUAGGACUCAUGUGUUUCUUUGGCUUCAGUCCCUGGCCGUACGUCAAGAUGGUCUUCCCUAUCAUUAUUCUAUUACUACUGCCAUUUAGACAUAAGAUCGUUCCCGUCGUUAUCGAUAAUAAAUAUCUCGAAGCACUCGACGGUGAGAAUCAAUAAUAACGGCUAUAAUCAUAAACUAUUAUUCAAUUUGUAUAUAAUAUGAUAUAUAAAGGAUGAAGAUGUUCGGGACUAUAAAUUAGAUUAAUUGGAUUAUAUUGAGCACAAGAAAUACUUUUGAUUUGUAUCAAAACAAAUCAUAAAUAAAUUGUAUUUUAAUGUUAGAAGAAAUGUUAAUAAUUUAGAAGAAUUGUAUAAAUGACUGAAUCACUGAAUGACUGAAUGACCAAACACCAAACACCAGACACACCGUGCGCUGGGAUUCACGUUUUCAUCACUAAUAUGACCAUCACUUAGAAUAAUGGUAUGGAAAGGGAUGCCUCACUCCGAGACCAAUGAGUUGUCUUUCAGCACCCAACCCACUGAACC